AUGGCGGCCGAUUCAGCUCCGAGCAAGGGUGCUCUCUCCCUCCUUGACAGCAUUGCGCAACUUAGCGACGGCUUCAAGAAUGGGAAUCCCGGCGCAAGAGAAGGAUUGUUGGACGCGUGCAGGAGCCUCAUCGCGGAAGUCAGCCAUCCAUCCGAGACCAUGCUGCAGUUGUUAUGGGCGCAGCCCGCGCAUCUGAGCACACUUUGGAUGGGCGUGGAAGUAAAGCUCUUUCAAGCUAUGCAAGAUGCCCCGGAGUCUGGAGCUACCGUUCAAGAGAUCGCGAAGAAGUGCGACAAGAACGUUGACCCGAUUAUCGUGGGGCGCAUGCUUCGCCAUCUCGCUGCCAUGGGCACUGUGCGGGAGACUGGGCCUAAUACAUUCGCGAACACGCCAACUUCUUCUGCAUUUGCCGAACAAUCGUACCAAGACUCCAUACUGUAUAUCGCCGAAAACUUUGCGCCGGCGCAUCAGUCCAUGAAGUCGUACUUUGAGCAACGUAAUUGGCAAUGUCCGGAUUCUGGUCUUGACGCUCCGUUCCAGCAUGCCUACAACUGCAAAGGCAGUCAUUACUUCGAGUACUUUCAGCAGAACCCCGAAGUGGGACGGCGCUUCGCUAGUAUGAUGGACUCGUGGAGUAAGGGACGGCUGCGGUGGUUCUCCAAGGAUUACUACCCUGUCGAAGAUCGAUUGAUUAGUGGCGCCGAGAAGGACGUGCCGUUCCUCGUCGACGUCGGUGGCGGCUCCGGACACGAUAUCGAAGGUCUGAGGCAGGCGUUCGAAGGCCAGCUACCAGGUACGCUGGUACUACAAGACAGGCCGGAGAUUGUUGAGCUUGCGAAACUUGGUUCCGGCGCUGAGGCAAUGGCACACGACUUUCUGACCGAGCAACCCGUGAAAGGUGCAAGGGCAUAUUAUCUGCAUUCAAUCAUCCAAGACUGGAAUGAUGAGGUGAACACUGAGAUUCUGAAGUCGAUCGUGCCGGCCAUGAAGAAGGGAUACUCUAAGGUCCUUGUCAACGAUUUUGUGGUUCCGAAUCAGGGCGCGCAUUGGGCGCAAACAUGUCUUGAUUGGGAGCUGAUGGCAAGUCUUGGAGCGCGACACCGAACAGAAGAGGAGCAUCGGAAGAUGUACGAAGGUGCAGGUUUGAAAAUGACAGGUGUCUGGCGGCAUCCGCAUAGUCUUGAUUCUCUAAUUGAGCUUGAGCUAGCAUAA